AUGGAAACAUCUACAUCCCCCUUCUCCACCUCAUCAUCCCUCCCAUCAACAUCUUCAACCCCUCUAGAUUUCUACAAUUCCCCCUUCCCAAACAACUAUUCUCUAUUCGAUCUUACUGUAACUCCAAUGUCAUAUCGAGACAGAAUUACUGUAGAAUUAAGUUUAAAUGCAACUUCAUGGCUUCUCAGCACUUUUCUAGUCAUAUUUGUGAGACUGAAACGAGCGAUUUGGAUGUCUUUGAAGAGCACUAUAGUAUUCGUAACAGUUGGCUCAUUCCUUCUGAAUAUUCCUCUGAUUUUAUUCCAAUCCUGGAUGGUUUUCAAUCUACAAGCAGGUCAUCAACCUGUUUAUUCUAUUUUUCUUUGUUCCUUUCUCAAAAAUUUCUGUAGUUCGACAACUUCUGCAUAUCAAGUUUUACCGUUUGCAGUUUCUCUAUACCGUUACCGUACUGUUGUGCUGAAAGGUCAUCCAUCUCCUUGGUUUGUUAUAAACGUUCACACCAUAGUUACAAUUAUUUUUAUUAUUUACGCAUUUCUCAACUAUCCAUUCGGUGAAAACAAGAAGAAUGAUGUAUGUUACACACUACGAUUUAGUAAUGGAAUGGAACUUGUUAGGAUUUUCUCUACACUGAUGUUCAAUUUUGCCGCAAUUAUUGUGAAUUGUGUGAUUCUUCGAUUUGUGAAACACUUUGAACAUGUCCAAUCGAAACGAGUUCAGUUAACUCAAAGUUUGCUGAUUCAAUCUGUGAUUCCAGUUCUUGUUUCGUUACCGCUAUUGCUCUUAUCUUUUGAAUUUUAUUUUGGUGUCCCUAUGCCUAGCUCAUUUGGCACCACUUGGUACGCUUUGACAUUUCUGGGCCCAUUUCUCAUGCCUUUGUCAUCUAUUCUUGGUAUCAAGAGCACUAGAAGAGAGCUAAUCGAUACUUUGCUAUGCGGAUGCUUCCCGAGACCAACAGUCGGACACAGCCAGAUGAAAUCAGCUGUCACCGUGAUCAUUCCCUCGAAACAUGAACGAAGCACAUUCACAAUUCGUGACGAUGAUUAA